UAAUUGAUCGACGAUGCCAUAGAUGCGUUUGAUGUUUGACAGCUGAAAUGACUAAAUAACAGAAGCGGCCUGUGUUUGGCUGAUUUUUCGAUAGUAUUUAAUGUUGUCCGCAUUAUCGUAUAAUCUUGGCGCUUAUUUCGACAACAUUUUGUUCAAAGCUCAAUUUAUGCGAGUUGUUGCGUCGUUAGAAAGAUAGCUGCUUCAUUUUUAUGAACGAAUACUUUCUUAUUUCUGUACGUCCUCUGUAAUGCGUGCAGUAGCUUGAUUCGUCCAGCUCAUACGUAUUUGUAGAUCAUGGUGGAAAACUCUCCGUCUCCUCUGCCUGAGAGAGCUAUCUAUGGGUUUGUCCUCUUCCUUGGCUCACAGUUUGGCUUCUUUCUGUAUUGUCUGUGGGCAUUCAUACCAGAGGAGUGGCUUCAUUCAAUAGGACUCACAUACUGGCCUCAAAAAUAUUGGGCCCUUGCGGUGCCAAUCUAUCUGCUGGUCGCAAUAACAAUUGUUGCUGUGUUGCUGUUCGGAGUGAACAUGAACAACACGGCUCCCCUCGACUCUGUAGACAACAUCACAGAUGUGUACGCUCAAGGCCAGAGGACAGAAGGCUGUCGGAAGGGGGGGAUACCCAGACUGAAGGAUGUUUCCAUAAGUGAAGUCAACAAAAUGUUCUACAUGUCGCCCAAGUUGUAACACAUACAAAACUGUUGCGGCUCGAUUCAGGGUAGAAGUGAAGGUGUGGAGGAUUUGUUUUGGCGUGUGAAGUCACACAAGGAUAAGCGAUAAGCUUUAUUUAUUCAUCCAGGAACAAGAUGUACAGAGUGAAUGUACUUUUUCUGAUGCUUUAUACAUCUAUAUGGGGGGAAAUUACAUGUGUUAAUAACACAAUGAUCUGUUGAAUGUGGAGUUGUUCAUUAACAUAACAGAACAUGUACAAUGAGUGCCAAAAUUAACAUGGUAAUAUUGAACAAAUGACAUUUUUUUUCAUUUUUGUAUGUUAUUUUUAAUAAAUUUGACCUUUUAUA